UUCCUUCCCAGGGACAGCAUCACCGCUCGGGGCCCGCAUGCGCAGUGGCGGAGGAGGGUCACGCACGGAAAAGCAAACUCUUGUCUGCAGAGAGGGCAAAGUCGAGCGGAGCAGCGGCGGGACCCUCCUCCUCCUCCUCCUUCUCCUCGCCCCUUCCUUCUUCCCUUCCUCGCCAUGGUGCUGGAGAGCCUGGCCCGCAUCAUCAAGGUCCAGCUGCCCGCCUACCUCAAGCGCCUCCCGCUCCCGGAGAGCAUCGGGGGGUUCCUCCGGUUAACAGUUUCAGAAUGGCUGCGGCUGUUGCCUUUCCUGGGUGUCCUUGCUCUGCUUGGAUACCUUGCUAUUCGUCCAUUCCUUCCCAAGAAGAAGCAGCAGAAGGAUAGUUUGAUCAAUCUCAAGAUCCAGAAGGAGAAUCCCAAAGUAGUGAAUGAAAUCAACAUCGAAGAUUUAUGUCACACUAAAGCAGUAUACUGCAGAUGCUGGCGCUCAAAAACGUUCCCUGUCUGUGAUGGCUCUCACAAUAAACAUAAUGAAUCAACAGGCGACAACGUGGGUCCAUUAAUACUAAAGAAGAAAGAAGUCUAGCAAACUUUCAACCGAACCACUACUAUUAGGAAGUCCACUUGCACCCAUUUGUGGCAGCAUUUUUAGUCUAAUAAUUUCUGUAGACUUGAGUUUUGAUACCUUUUUGAAGUUACCUUAGAUUUAUAGACUGGUGGACAUGCUGUGAGACUUUGUAUGGUCUGAAAAACCAUGUAUAACAUAGCAAGUGUGGGAGGAACCUGUACACAUCCAUGUAAAUCAAUGUGUUCUAUUUUCAUAAUGAAGUUCCCAAAGUUGAAAUCUUACCUGUAAUAAAAAAAAGUUGCUUUAAA